AUGUCGAAAGGCGACGGUGAACAGCAGAAUGGCUCGGGCGAGGAGUCCAAGACUAACCUCAUCAUUAACUACCUGCCCCAGAGCAUGACCCAGGAGGAGAUCCGGAGUUUGUUCUCGAGCAUCGGCGAGGUGGAAUCGUGCAAAUUGAUCCGUAACAAGGGCGCAGCCUUCCCUGACGCCUUGAACCACGCACUGCACGGUGGCGGCCAGAGCCUAGGAUAUGCUUUCGUCAACUACCACAGACCUGAGGACGCGGAGAAGGCCAUCGCCACACUCAACGGACUGCGUUUACAGAACAAAACUAUCAAAGUGUCGUACGCGCGCCCAAGCAGCGAAGCCAUCAAAGGCGCAAACCUCUACGUAUCCGGCCUACCCAAGACAAUGACACAGACAGAACUGGAGCGCCUGUUCAGCCCGUACGGACGCAUCAUCACAUCGCGGAUCCUGUGCGAGAACAGCGGCGGGCGGCCCUUCACCGGCGGUGAACAAGGACUUUCCAAGGGAGUGGGUUUCAUCCGCUUUGACCAACGUGUGGAAGCUGAGCGUGCGAUUCAAGAAUUGAAUGGAACGGUGCCUAAAGGUGCUACAGAACCGAUCACAGUGAAGUUCGCGAACAACCCCAGCAACAACGGCAAAGCUCUGGCGCCGCUGGCGGCGUACCUCCCGGCAGCGCUGCGCUUCCCUGCUCCGCUCGGCCGCUUCAGCUCAGGCAAGUCUUUACUCGCUAUCAACAAAGGUCUACAGCGUUACAGCCCACUCGCGGGUGAGCUGCUCGGUGGAGUGCUGCCCGGGGCCGUCGGCUCCGAGUGGUGCAUCUUUGUAUAUAACCUCGCCCCUGAGACCGAGGAGAACGUCCUCUGGCAGCUGUUCGGGCCCUUCGGUGCCGUCCAGAGCGUGAAGGUGAUCCGCGACCUGCAGACCAACAAGUGCAAGGGCUACGGGUUCAUCACCAUGACUAACUACGACGAGGCAGUCGUCGCUAUUCAAUCGCUCAACGGCUACACACUCGGUAACAGAGUGCUGCAGGUCAGCUUCAAGACUAAUAAAAUCAAGACCAUCUAA